ACUGCCGGAGGCACCAUGAUCUUGGCUUGUCAUUAUUGUAACGAAGAGGACGAUAAUGCUCCAAAAAACUGGUACAAGUCCAAAGAGUUGGGUGAGCUACAAGGACAUGAAGUCGAGUAUGACAUGCACAAUGAAGAAAAGGAUAACAGGAUAUUACUGACAAGUGAUCACAACUUGGUGAUAUACAACUUUUCUUCUAACGAUACAGGUCUGUACUACUGUAAAAGCUUUGCUUCCACCGGCACCAAUGACACCUUCACCUUCUUGGUGGAUAUGGUCAUUGUUCCAAACGCAUCAGACAACUACCAAACCGGAAAUUUGUCCGAAUGGAAGGAUUACCAUGACAAGUACGUGCACCCAGUUAAUGAUAAGCUGAAGCAAUCAGACGAAAUUAAGUACUUAAAGGAAAGUAUGAACUUGUCCUUGGAAGUAAUCAACCACUGGGGGCCAUGGGGUGAGUGUGACUCCUGUGGGGAAGGAAAACGGAAGCGGAUGGCCUACUGCCGAGUGAAAGUUGUUAAUAAAAUGAAAACUUUAAGGGGCAAAAUCAAGAAAGAACAGACAAAACUGGAGAAAUUCCUAAUGAAUGCGGACGAAAUAAGUUGUGGGUCUAAGACGUUGAACGAUUACUUUCCUGACAUCAGCUUGGCCACCAAAAUUGUUCCUUACUUUGUGCAGGAGGAUAAAUGUGAAGCGGUUUGUGGCCCAGACAAAUACAAGCAGUAUCUCAUAGGGAAGUCACCCCUUUUCAAGCACAGGAAAACUUACAUUAUAGCGGAAGGCUCCCAUUUAAUCCUAGUUUGUCCUGAGUCCUCUAUAGAUAGUAAAAUUACUUGGAACAAGGAGGGCAGUGAACUACCAUCAGGGACUAAAACUGAUCACAUGAUAGUUGAUGCCUUUAAUAGUGUGUACAUUAUAGAUGCAACCAAAAAUGAGGAGGGGAAUUACACUUGCAUCGUUAAUAAAAUGCGGAUGCUCAAAGUCAAAGUGUUUGUACUGAAAAAGUCCUUCGUGUUGUCGGCCAAGUUUGGCCGAUAUUUGAUUUACUUUGGUUUUAUUUUGUCCUUAACUUUGUCUUGCUUUUGCGCCGGGAUGGUGAUUUCUUUCACCAGAAGGGGCAACUUCUUGACGUAUGAGCAGCUGAAGGAAGACGAGGAGAAGGGAAUCCAGCAUAAAUUUUUAUUUUAAACGUCCUUCUUCAAUAUAAAUUGGACCAUCGGAGGGAAUAGACGUGGGCCUUCGCUACAAAAGGACUAAUUUCUAAAACGAUGACCGAUGGAGGCUGAAUUCCGGAUGUGUGCUUUGUUCGUGGGGUGAUACGCACGUGGGAGUGAAUCGAAUACCCGUCGGGGAAUCUGCCGAUACGGAACGACACCGCAAGAGAAAUCGGGCAAUAACUGAGGGUUUGGAUGCCACAUCGCACCCGGUUCCUUCCACAGAAAGCUGCCUUAUGGGGUCCUCUGGAGUGCUGUUUAUUUCAAAGGGGGGGAGGACGGUUUAUUUCUAUUUAAGUAGCUGCUACAAAGGAAGGUUGAUUGGCUUUGGACCAAUCAACAUAUGAUUAACUAACUUGAACGUCUCAACCCUUAGAGACACAAAACUGUUUAAAAUCGAUCGAUGAAUUUACGAGCUCACUUUACCGAGUUGUCUGAGGAGACGUUCGAUGCAGGUGCCGUGAAUCACCUUCGACGAUAUGCGGAGUGACACACAAACUGUUGCUGUAUCACGACAUCCGCACUCCAAUUAUGCAAAUAGCCUCUUCGACGCCGUAAAAGAUUUUUUACCGCUCCAUUCCCCGAGAUUUAUGAGUUUAAUUUACCCAAAAUAAAAACCCUUUAAAGCCUU